UACCCGCGCAAUGCGAAAUACGUGCAUGCUCCGCGGAUAGGUCGUCGCGGUGUGAGCGAAGGAAGUCGAUUUGUCAGAAAUAUGUCGUCUGUUGAGAAAUUGAGCAUUCAAGGAAUCAGGAGUUUUGGGCAAGAUGAUGGUGACCGUCAAGUCAUCCAGUUCUUCCAUCCUCUAACACUCAUCGUGGGUCAAAAUGGAGCGGGGAAAACGACGAUUAUUGAAUGCCUGAAAUACAUCUGUUCAGGUGAAUUCCCUCCAGGGAGCAAGGGAGCAGCUUUCAUACAUGACCCUAAGGUGGCUCAUGAGACGGAGGUCAAAGCUCAGGUCAAGUUGCGUUUCAAGGACAAGGCGGGGAAGGAUGUCGUUGUUACCAGAAGUUUGGUAGCUACUCAAAAGAUAAAGAAAAUUGAAUUCAAAUCUUUGGAAGGAACUAUUCUGAGAGUGGACAACUUUGGAGAGAAACACAGCAUCAGUUCAAGAUGUGCAGAAAUAGAUCGAGAGAUGGUGGAGAGUCUUGGUGUGUCCAAACCAGUUCUUAGCAAUGUCAUCUUCUGCCAUCAGGAAGACGCUAACUGGCCUCUCAGUGAUGGGAAGACACUCAAAGGAAAGUUUGAUGAGAUAUUUGCUGCCACCAGGUACAUCAAGGCUCUCGAAACAAUCAGAAAGUUAAGGACAGAGCAGAGCGGUCAAAUCCGGGAGUACAUACUAGAGACGAGACAUCUGAAAGACUGGAGAGAAAAGGCUAAGCAGCUAUCCAGAGAAUUAGAUGACAAGAAGGCAAGAUUGGAAGCAGCCGAAGGAUCAGUCACAAAAAUCAAUGAUCAGCUAAAACCAGUCGAGGAACAAUAUGAUGACCUUGUAAGGAAAUCCUAUCAGAUUACAAAGCUGGCAAACGAAGUCGCUAAAAACGAAGGAGAGAAGGACCAGCUGAUAAAGGGCAUGAAGAGUGUGGAAGACCAGCUGGAAAUCAUCUUCCAAGGGUCUGUUGAUGAAUUAAGAAGGAUCUACAGCGCUCAUCAGAGUAAGAUUACUGAGAAAGAACAUCAACUUCAAGAGAAUGAGGGUAAGAAGAGGAUACUUCAGGAGUCAGCGCAGAGGACAUCAAGUGAGAAAUCCAAGCUACUCGUCAUUCAAGGAGUCCUUCAACAAGAAGCUCAGCAACAACAAGAGACGAUCCGUCGACGAGACCAUAGGAUGCGUGGCCUAGCGACCCAGCUUCAUCUCCUUGGUUACAGUGAGACGGGAGAGUUUACCUCCAGCAGGGCGGGUGAUUUCAUGGAGGAGGUGAAGGAAUGGACGGAGGCUCAGAGGGGAGAAGCAGAGAGAAUCAAGAUUCAGCAUGAAGAGAAGGAGAAGGGGGUUGACAAACAGUCACAGGAUCUCAGAGCUACCUACACAGGUCUAGAGACAACCAUUAAGAUGAAGAUGGCUACCAUUAAUGAUAAUACCUCUAAGCUGCGAGAGAUCAAGGGAGAGCUAAGCACGAUGGGAGAGAGUUCACAGAGACUCAAGGAGCUAGAGAAUGAGAAGAAAACAGCUGAGAGUGAGCUCACUCAGUUAGAGGGCAGUCUCAAUGUUGAUGACAUCAAACAAGAGAUUGAUUCUUUACAGAGAGAAGCAAAGCAGUAUGAUAAGAGGAUGUCUCAGCUCACGAAUGAGUUGACAACCAUCUCAUCUCAGUCACAGGCUAGAGCUAAACUUGAGAUGAUGCAGAAAGAGAAAACUAUCAAAGAGAAUCAGAUAAGAAGCCUGAGAGGAAAGCGUGAUGAAGAAAUGUUGCAUCUUCUUGGUCACUUCCCAUCAGAGAACAUUAGAACCAAGCUCUCCAAUUACCUUGUUGAGAAGACAGAAGAGGUGAAGAGAUGUAAUAAUAAACUUCAGCAUGCCAGGAUGGAUCUCUCAGCUAAGCAGGCCAACAAGAAAACAAUCAUGGACCAAUUGAAGAAGAAAGAAGAUGAACUGAGAAGCAACACAGAUCAGCUGAUGUCGGCUUGUGGAAGUGAAGAUAUCGAUGAAUCUAUUCAACAAAUCACACAAUCUAUCAACAGUCUUCAGAAUGAGCGUGGAGCGUUGACAGGUAGCAAGCAUCUGUUUGAUCGAUACAUCCAAUCUUUGCAACGAACUGAUGCACUCUGUCCUCUCUGUCAUCGUGGCUUUGAUUCAGGAGUAGAGGUCCAGGAACUCGUUCAAGAGCUUCAAGACAAACUUCGCCUGGCUCCAAGCAAGCUAGCAGAAAAGGAACGUACCAUUACGAAGCAGAGGGAAAAAUCUGAUCGUCUGUUGGUACUCAGACCAAUUAAGGAUGCUGCAAAGAAGCUGUCAGAGCGAGAGAUCCCAGACCUCAAACUGAAGUUAUCUGCUGUCAAUGCUGAUAUUGAAAAACUCAAUGCAACCGUUAUGGAGGCUGAAGAUAACGUCAGUAUGUUGCAGGUUGAUGAAGCGAUGGCGAGGGAUAUGAAACCAGAUAUCCAGAUACUAGAGAAGACCCUCACAGAGCUCCGAGACCUAGAACGCAAGAUUGGAGAACAGUCCAAGUACUUCUCAGGAUCAGAUAUAAGCAGAACUCUUCAACAAGUCAACACCGAGACAGCAGAAGUCAAGAUCAAGUUGAAUACAGUGAGGAGUACCCUAGAGUUGAAGCAACGUCAGAGACAGGAACAUGUUGACAAUGUAAACAUGAUGAGAAUCAGCAUCAAUAGCAUCACCAGUGAGACACUUCGUCUAUCUGCUAAGCUUCAGAAGAGAGAGAAACUAGAGAGUGAGCAAGCAGAACUGAGUACAAACACUAGAACAUUCCAAAGAGAAAUAGAGGAUUCCAGACAAGAACAGAGACCGAUCAAGGACAAGCUUCAGAAGUUAGCUCAAGAUAAAGUUGCUAUCACUCAGAAGAAAGAGAGUGAAAUCAAAGAAAUCAGAGAGAAGAUUGAUGAGGUCCAGCAGCAGCUGAGAGAUAUCCGUGCAGGGACAUCAAACAUUGCAAAGUAUGUGACGGAUGGGAAGGAGUCUAAAUUGGAUGAUGUAGAGGUGAAGAUCAUGGACCUUAAUGAGAAGCUUACUAAAUUGGGUGAGGAUCUAAGUCUAAUGACAGCUACUAUUGAACAACUCAAAGAUGACAUCAGUAAUCAGAAGGUGAAAGAGAUGGAGUUAGGGAACAACAUGCGCCUGAAAAAGUACCAGCAAGAGGUUGAGAAGAAGAGCGGUGAGAUAGAGAAGCUUCAGGAGAAACUAGGUGGUUAUAAUCUGAUCACUAUCGAGAGAGAGAAGACAGAGAUGGAGAAGAAGAAAGCUUCUCUUAAUAGAGAGAAAAAUCAGCUUGAUGGGAGAUCUACGGAGUUGAGGAAGGAGGUCACGAGACAAGAGAGGGAGCUAGAGAGCGACUCGUACAAGAAUGCCGAGAAAAACUACAAUGAUAUGAUGAUCAAAUGUAGGACAACAGAGAUUGCCAACAAGGAUUUGGACAAAUACUACAAUGCUCUAAAUAGUGCUAUCAACACUUAUCACAGUCAGAAGAUGUCAGAGAUCAACAAGAUUGUACGAGAUCUGUGGCGCAUGACAUACAAGGGAAGCGAUAUUGACUUCAUUGAGAUAUGCGCUGAUGAUGAGACGGGAGCUUCUACCACUCAACGGAGGCAGUACAAUUACAGGGUUGUCAUGGUGAAAGGAGACACAGCUCUGGAUAUGAGAGGAAGAUGCAGUGCAGGUCAAAAGGUGCUCGCUUCUCUCUUGAUACGGCUUGCCCUAGCAGAGACGUUCUGUUUGAGUUGUGGAAUCUUAGCGCUAGAUGAACCCACUACAAACCUUGAUAGAGACAACAUUGAGAGCUUGGCACAUGCACUUGUAGACAUCUUGAAGAGUCGAGAGAACCAAAGGAACUUCCAGCUGCUGAUCAUCACUCACGAUGAAGAGUUUGUUGAGCUGCUUGGUCACUCAGACUACACUGAUAAUUACUAUCGAGUCACCAAAAAUAACGAUUACAAGUCAACUGUCGUGAAGUAUGACAUCGCCACUCUGCAAGCAACACAGCCGGUUUAGCUACUUGACCCAACAAUAAAAUGAAAAUCUGCUUUCUGCGAGUAAAUCCUUCCAUAAAGUACGAAGAAUUUCUUGUUAUAGACUGAAUGAAAUAACUUUUCAUUGUAACAUUCCUUUUGAAUGCAGAAUCAACGUAGAUUCUAAGAUUGUGCCAAGUGUGAUUGCACAAGAUCUCUUCAUUAGACUGUCAUAGCAUGUAAAAAGUGUGGGCAGUUUCAGGCAAUUUAGUGUGAUGACAACUAGAGAAUGGUAGAUUUAGAGCAGUCUGGGCUCCAUAAGGGGUAAGAAGGAAAUACCUUUUGAAGAUAAUUUGAAGAUACUUUGUUAAAUAUCAAGUAGUGCACUUAGUGUAUAGAUGCCUCAAAGGGGCUGUUAGGUUUGUAACAAUGUCAAAGAAGCAGUAGUAAAAAUAAUGAGUACAAAAGCCCAUGGAUUUACGUGGAAGUACGUACAAUUUUUUUCCAUCUUUCAACCUUCUAGGUUUGUAGGUCAUGUGGACCUUGUAGAAGAGAUACAUUCAAACUACUUGUAUGUUCUCAAAUAUCCACUUAUUUAUGGUUCAUGAGAAUUGAGGCCAAAAUAGAGAUAAAGUGCUGUAAAGAUUUUUCCAUUAGAAAUGGUAUUUUCAUGUAUUAUGUAUCUUUUCAUUAUGUAGAAAAAAGAGUGAUGAGACUGUAGCGAUGAGACCAUACCUGAUAGUCUUGUACCAUUGGAUGGUAAUCUUUGAUUAAUCCAUUGUAGAGAACCUGGUACCCGUCUUACAGAUAGAUGUAGAUGAUUGAAAUUGAUGGUAACUCAAUAUUAAUCAAACCACCUAUGUGCUCAAGGGAUUAGAGAGUUUGAAAUUGUGUGAUUGCUUGGAGGACUUGCAGUCAAUCCAGAUUAAACACAACUCGUACUAAGACUGGGCCUAGAUUUGUAUAUUGAGGGAUGAAAUUCAUCUCUAUGUAAACCAUCCUGUUCCACAUUCCUCUUUCAUGUGUCUUGUCUGUUAGCCAUGUCAUGAAAAGCAACCCAUUUAAGAGCCGGUACAACUAUAACAUGUACAUGUAUGGCUAUGUAGCUGUAUUUCUAAAUAUCCAGCCUGAUGUUAGUUCACAAGUACCAUUUUAAGUGAUGAUUUUUUGUUUUUGUUGAAUAACUUGGUAGAAAGUUAUGUAGGAUUGUAGAUUUUUUUAGUCAAUUUGUAUGCGUUUGUUUUUUAAAACUUUGAAAAGAAAAAAGUUAAAAUAAGUGUGCUUUGUUUAGUAAGAUGAAGUGUAGUUUGAGAUUGUGCUAAUUCAUGUGCCAAAUUUCGUUUCCCUGGAAGAAAAUUUUGAGGGAAAUUUCAUUCCUUAUCUGCUUCGGUCAUUGAAUG